AGUACUUCUUGGACAUGAGGGUGUCUGCCCUCGUGCCUAAUUACGCGGGUUGGGAAUCUGAGAUACAGAGAAGGGCAGCGGCUGGCCCUGGGUCGGUCAGAUAAAUUAAGACAAAAGCAGGACCAGGCAUCGAUUAUUUUCUCCUGCUCAUCCCUUUCACGGAGGAGUUCUAAGCCCCGACUCACUGUAUGACCUAAAGCCGGUCUCUGCCUGUCGCUGGGCCUCAGUUUGCGUGUCUUCAGUUUAAUUCAGAUUAUCUGGCACUCCUGGUCGGCUCCCUCAGCCGCUCAAAGCUGAUUGUACCCUUAUAAUAUGAAGACACUGAGGCCCAGAGAGGUUAAGUGACUCAGCCAAGGUCAAACAGCUAGUAAGUGGUGGAGCCAGGACUCAAAGCCAGUCUAGGAGCCAUGUCCACUUUGUUCCCCUCACUCUUCCCUCGUGUGACUGAGACACUGUGGUUUAAUCUGGAUCGACCCUGUGUAGAAGAGACAGAGCUGCAGCAGCAGGAACAGCAGCAUCAGGCCUGGCUCCAAAGCAUCGCAGAGAAAGACAACAACCUGGUUCCUAUUGGCAAGCCAGCCUCAGAGCACUAUGAUGAUGAGGAAGAAGAGGAUGAUGAAGAUGAUGAGGAUAGUGAAGAGGACUCAGAGGAUGAUGAGGACAUGCAGGACAUGGACGAGAUGAAUGACUAUAAUGAGUCACCGGAUGAUGGAGAGGUCAAUGAGGUUCAUCUCUCAGUACUUCCCACCUGUGGCCUGUAUCACAGCCAUCCCAAACAACUGUGCCCAGAAUCCAUCAUGCUGUCUCAUUCCUUCAUGCCACAUGUGUAUAUGUGGCUGGCUUUGCCCUUCCCACCCCCAUCUCCAUCUGCCUGGCCAACUCAGAACUUCCAGAUUCAGUUCAAAUGUUGCUCUUUCUCCAUGAAGUCCCAGGCAGAAACAACCACCUUAUUUUUCAGAUUUAUGAGGUCUCUGUUAGAAUUUGUAGUUUCAUUCCCCUUUUAUUGCUCAUUGAAUGUAUUUGAUCUUGGAAUUGGAUGAACUUUUAUUUAUUUAUUUUUGAGACCGAGUCUUGCUGUGUUGCCCAGGCUGGAGUACAGUAGCGUGAUCACGGCUCAUUGCAGCCUCGACCACCCAGGCUCAGGCAAUCCUCCCACCUCAGCAUUUCCAGUAGCUGGGACCACAAUUACUCACCACCACACCCGGCUAAUUUUUAAAUUUUUUGUAGAAACGGGGGUCUCACUUUGUUACCCAGGCUAGUCUCUAACUCCUGUGCUCAAGUGAUCCUCUUGCUUUGGCCUCCCAAAGUGCUGGGAUUACAGGCAUGAGCCACCGUGCCCAACCAGUAAAUUCCUUUUCUUUUCUUUCUUUCUUUUUUUUUUUUUUUUUUUUUUUUUUUGGGACAGGUUCUUGCUCUGUCACCCAUGCUGGAGUGCAGUGGCACAAUCACAGCUCACUGCAGCCUCAGCCUCCUGGGCUCAAGCAAUCCUCCCACCUCAGCCUCCGAAGUAGCUGGGACCACAGGCGUGUGCCACCAUGCCCGGGUAAUUUUUGUAUUUUUUGUAGAGAUGGGUUUUUGCCAUGUUGCCCAAGCCGGUCUGAAACUCCUGAGCUCAAGCAAUCUGCCCACCUCAGCCUCUCAAACUGCUGGGGUUACAGGCGCCAGCCACCACAUAGCCGAAUUUCUUAAGACCCUAAAAGCACUUAUGCUGGGAUUGAGAUAAAUCCAGGCAGACAGCUACCCUAAAUGGUAUGUGGAAGCCUCCAUGGUGGAGAAGAAAGAUGUGGAGACAGAUAAUUACAAAGCUAUGGGUUAUCUGCUGAGAUGGUUAUUCCACUGUGUAUUAUGGUUCCUUUGAGGCCAGCAUUUGUGGCUCAUUCAUCUCUGUGGCCUCUACCCCUCUCCCUGGCACCUAGCACAUUCCUAAUACAAAAGAGGUGGCAAUAAAUGUUUGCUGAAUAAA